CCUUGAAGAGAAAAUUUAAUUCCUUGAUAUUCUAACUAUAUGAAAACUAUUUAAUUCGCUAGGGUAGAAAAACAAUGUAGAAACAUUGGAAAAGUGAAAAACAAAUGUUUUUGAUAAAUAGAGGACAGACAAAUAUUAUUGUGUUAUUCACCAAACAAAGGAGGUCAAGGGUCAGAAGUCAGCAGGAGUCAAAUUGGUCUUGAGUUUUAAGUAUGAACACACACACGUACAAACACUCACACGGACACAAACAAACAUGCACCCACUAACAACCACACUCCAACACAAUGUGAAACCACUGACAGUUACACCGAGUUGAGUAACAGGUACAGACCAGACUACAAACCAGACAAAUAGAGAAUGAAACUGGCUAGAGGACUUAACAUCUACCAGACCUCCAAAACAUCUAACGGACCUCGUAAACGUAGACAGAGUUGUGUUUAGGUGGGCUGAUUGUCAGGGAGGGAGUGUGUGUUGGUGAAUGGAAGAGACUGAUAGAAGACUGUAGAGAGAACGACCACAGAAGUGUGUUGAUGAAAGGCGAGUCGCCACAAGUCCGAGAACAUAAUGAGGAAACACAUAUCUGUCAUCCAUUUCCUUCUAUGUGCUGGAGUCUGUGUGACAUCAGAGGUAAUAAAAAGAAGAGUUCAAGAAGGAGGAUCAACUAGUAUUGAGUGUCCUUAUGACCAGGGAUAUGAGACAUAUCCAAAGUACUUCUUUAAGGGGAUCUGGGCACACAAAGUUCCUGUCAUCCAAAGUAAUCAGCCGUCAUCAUGGACUUCUAAUGGUAGAUACUCUCUGUAUGACGACAGAGAGAGAAGAGUCUUCAAUGUGAUCAUCAGUAACCUGACACUACAGGACACUGAUACAUACUGGUGUUUCAUAGACGGGUGGGGUUUUCAUCCCCUAACUGAAGUAAAGAUCACUGUGGACAGAGCUCCUCCUCCUUCUCUCUCAGCUCCUCCUCCUACUCCUAAAUCUUUCUCCUUCACCUCCAGACCUCUCCCCUCUGUGACACAUCCAUCAGCAAUCAUCACCAUGGUAACUGGUUCUGACCCCACUACAGGAGGGCGCACCAAUGGAAUUAUGGGAGUAAGAGCAGCACCUCGACCCACAGACACGUCUGGAAACCAAGAAAGAGAAGAGACAGAGAGAAGAGAACCACAGCUACCAAACACCCUGCCAGAUCAUUGGUACCCAGCUCUUCAACAACCAACCAGGACCCAGACACAGUCACUGUCACCAACCCCACAGAAACCAAUCAGAACCCAGAUUCUGAUUUAAGACCAGUCACCAAUCCAGACACAACAAUUUUAGAGUCCACCUACCAAACACACAACACAACACCUCAAGACUCCCCCAAUGCAAACCCCUCU